AUGGAUUACUAUUUUAUUUUCGGCUUCUAUAGCAUCGUAUCUGCUAACCUUAACACACGAUCUGAGUUAGUAGAAAGUGCUGUCGAAAUAACCAGCAAAUAUUACGAACAUCAAUCGGUAACGUCUGUGAUUUGGACAGACAAUAACUCAGAAGAAAUCAGUAUUUUUUUAAGAAAAUACGAAGGCUCUGUAGUGAUCACGCCCCUGUUUCAUAACAAUACCAAUGUGAUUUUUGAAACAGUAAAAACAUUUGGUUACUCACAGACGAUAUUUUUUACAUCCGAACCAGACACAUUUGAAAAAUUUAUAUCUCUUGUAAAUAAAUAUGUAAAAUAUCAUAUAAAACUUGUGCUUAUUUUGGAAAAGCCUAUAAGUGAACUUAUGGAUCUCUUAGUGUUCACAAGAAUAGCAUGGAAAAAUGGACUUGUCAACAUAGUAAUAUUAUGUAAAAAUUACAAUGAUGAAAUGAUUAUUUCAACCUACUGUCCAUACAGCAAUGGAAUGUGUGAUAAUGACUUACCGAUAGAAAUAAAUACUGGCCAAAAUAUGUUUCCAAACAAGUUUCUAAACUUCAAUAAAUGCCCUAUCAGGCUUAGAGCACUGCCCUUUCUACCAUAUGCGGACCCAGAUGAUAUAGACACUGAGAAUGGUAUUAUUACUAGAAUCGGAGGUUACGACGGGAUAACAUUAUCACAUAUAGCCCAGUACUUGAAUGCUACAUUGGAUGUACAACUUGCUAUAAAAAAUGAGGGACAAUGGAACAAUACAUAUGGCACUUUCAUAGAAGGAAGAGCAACAGGCGGUUUUAGUGAUCUGGUGUACAAUAAAGCUGAUAUACUAAUACCAGCUGGAAUGCUGACACUGAGCCGAUACGCAGCAGCUCAAGCGUCUCACAUUUAUCACACUUUAGAUAUUCGAUGGAUUGGACCAAAACGAAGGGAAAUGCAUGAUGGGAUAAAACUGAUGUUACCUUUCAUGACUGUAAUUACACCAGUACUUUAUUUAACAUAUGCUGUUUUUGUAUCGGUAGCAGUACUGAUAAGAAAACGCAAAAAUGGUAACGUAGAUAAAAAGAAAAGCAUCAGUUAUCAAGCGUUUGCAUUAUUACUGGGCCAAACUAUUAAUUAUGAAACUAAAAUACUAUUGCUCAAUAGUUUAUUUUUAAUUUGGGUUUGGUUUUGUUUUUUAAUUCGUAUUGCAUAUCAGGGCGAAUUAGUUCAGUUUCUUCAGACAGAGCUUCUAGAACCGCCUUUUACUACUAUUGAAGAGGCAGUGACUAGAGUUAAUGGAUUCGGUGGAUCCGCAACUAUAAUAGAACAUUACCGAGAUACACCUUUAGAACAGAACUUUAAAAUAUUGGGAUUACUUGACUUACUGAAGUGUUUAGAACAUAUUGGUAGAGGAGCAAGGUUUUUGUUAGCAACAGAUACAUUUUUCAUUGGCCACAAUCGCUAUUCUUAUCAAAUUUUAGACACCCAAGUUAGUAGCGCUAGUGCUUGUUUAUUCAUGCGCCGUGGUUGGCCAGCGGCUGAAUUAGUUGAUUCUGUCAUCAAUCGUCUGGUGGAAUCGGGCAUCGUUGAGAAAAUUAGAUAUAACAAUAUUGUAACACUGCACCAGGAAGUCAAUAAAAAUGAAAUGGUACAUCCAUUGGAUAUGACGAUGCUUUGCGCAUGUUUCUACGGCCUGGCUUGCAUGGGUGUGCUGUGUUUUGCAAUAUUUUUGUGUGAAAUUAUUUAUUAUAAAUACGAGUGCUUUACAUGUAAGCGUAAGCAACUACUUAUUUAA